UGACGACGCGUGAGAGUGGUGGAGCUGCUCAGGUGAGGCUGGGAUGAUGAGGAAAGGCUCUUUUCAGAGACCGCCAUGAGCCAACAGAGCCUCCUUUCCCAUCGCCUGGAGCAAGCAGGAAGGUUUGGCAAGAGGCUUGCCAGGAACACUACCAGGAGGCUUUAGAAGCACAUGAGCAGUCCCUCGUAGCUCGCCUGGGCCUACAAAGGAAGCCAAAUAGCAGACAUCCAGGCUUCCUAGAGGUGGCUAUGAAUCCCUAGUAACUGUCAGAGCUCAAAUGUGUCUCUUUGGUUUUACAUUGCUAUCCUGCCCUGCCCUUCUCCCAAGGAGCCCAGAGUGGUGUCCACGGUUAUGUUUAUCCUCACAACAACCCCUUUUUAUUUAUUUAUUUAUUUAUUUAUUUAUUUAUUUAUUUAUUUAUUUAUUUAUUCAAUUUCUAUACCGCCUUUCCAAAAAUGGCUCAGGGAGGUUUACACAGAGUAAUAAUAAAUAAAGAAGAUGGAACCCUGUCCCCAAAGGGCUCACAAUCUAAAAAGCAACGUCAGAUAGACACCGGCAACAGUCACUGUAAGUACUGUGCUGGAGGUGGAUCGGACCAGUUACUCUCCCCCUGCUAAAUAAAGAGAAUCACCACGUUAAAAGGUGCCUCUUUGCCAAGUUAGCAGGGGUGAGGUAGGUUAGGCAGAGAGAUAAGUGACUGGCCCAGAGUCACCCAGUGAGUUUCAUGGCUGAAUGGGGAUUUGAACUCCCUGGUCCUAGUCCAACACUCUAACCACUCCACCACACUUGCAGUAUUGGCAAAGCCUGGCGAAAUGUAAUUGCCAUGCCAAAGUAAAGUUGUUGUGGCUAUUCCUUUUUAUUUCAAACUGAAGGCUGACACUGGACACUAGGGGAAAUGGUGGUAACUUCUUGCUACCUUGGUUGAUCGGUUGUGUGGAUUUUCUCCGCUAGAAAUCUGGGGGUUUGUGUUUUGAGGCCUGAUCUCAAAAUGAUGCCUGGACAGAGCCCAGCUGCAAGGGACUUGAAUCUGGAGGAGCAGCUAUGUGCUAAGAAUCCGGCGGCACCUUGCAAAACGGAUGCAUGCAUAAAUGCUGCUGAAGAAAAAAAGCUGCGUUUGACCAAUGCACGCUUACAAAGUGACAAAGUCUGGGCUGUACGGGCAGCUUCUUGCUUGUGCAGUGGGCUAGGUCUGUCCCUGAGUCUUAACCAUUUCAAUCUUCUGGCAGAAAACUCCAUGGCGGGAUCCUGUGAAAUCAGCAACCUCAUCUCAAACUACUUCAGUGCCAUGUACCAGCAUGAGGAAGCACCGCCUAACCCAGACCUGCUGACCCACCUUGGAGACGAGGACAACAACCUCCCUCUCCCUCUGUCGAAUGCACAAGUGUCUACAGAGACAACAGGCAAGCCCACAUGGUAUGGCGAAAUGCCUCAGUGCUGGAGCAGGUCUCAAGUGUUGGAGUGGAUCAGCUACCAUGUGGAGAAGAACAAGUAUGAUGCCAGCGCCAUUGACUUCUCCUGCUGCAACAUGGAUGGGUACACCCUUUGCCAAUACUCGCGGGACCAGCUCGGACUCAUCUUUGGGCCUCUCGGUGACGAGCUCUACGAGCGCUUGCAUGAGAUCACCUCAGUUCCCGAUGAACUUGGCUGGAUCAUGUCUGUGCUAAGGAAUGAGGAAAUAUCUCCAGACACACUUCUGGAUGCCAGCCCUUUAGAACUGGGAAGCCCAUGCAUUCAGGAGUACCCAGAUGAUCUGAAGCUAGCCAGCCUUUUCUUGCAGCCUGACCCUGGCUAUAUCUCAGGGGCCAUGUCACCAGACAGCUCUGCAUCUCUAGCAGGGACAAUGUCUCAGAGCCCUCGGUCUCAAGACUCCGGUGGAAGUGACCUAGAUCUCGACCCCAUAGACAUGAAGCACUGCAACUUUUCUGACGGUGACUAUGCAGAAUAUAAGAAAGAGGAUCCCAAGAAGCGGAAGAGAGGAAGGCCCAGGAAAGUCAACAAGGAGAACAGAGACUGCCUGGAGACCAAAAAAAGCAAACACUCCCCAAGAGGGAUCCACCUAUGGGAAUUCAUCCGGGACAUCUUGAUUCACCCAGAGAUGAAUGAGGGGCUGCUGAAGUGGGAGGACCGGAGAGAGGGCAUCUUCAAGUUCCUGCGCUCUGAGGCGGUGGCUCAGCUCUGGGGGCAGAAGAAGAAGAACAGCAGCAUGACCUAUGAGAAGCUCAGCCGGGCCAUGAGGUAUUACUACAAGCGGGAGAUCCUGGAGCGAGUGGAUGGCCGUCGGCUUGUGUACAAGUUUGGCAAGAACUCCAGUGGCUGGAAGGAGGAUGAGGUGCAAGACAGGAGCUAAAGAGCUGGGAGAGCCACACACAGACUUGGCCUUGGCCCACCUUGGCUCAGAGGACCCAUUCUGAGCACCAUGCACUGACAAGGGCUCUGGCCCCUUUAAGCUGCUGUCACAGGCAGUGUGUGUUAGACUCCAGCCCCUUCGUGGGGCAAAGUGUGUGCGCUGGCUCCUAGCCGGAGCUCAGGUAAUUACGGCUGAUAUUUUGGCUCAAGUAGGUUAUUGUGAACCAUUAUUACGUUGUUGCAAUGGGACUCUGGCUGCCGUUGACUCUCUCGAUGGGAUUACAAUGCCCGUGGCUGUCCGAGGCCCAGCCCUGAGCUCAUCCAGGCAGAAGGAACAGGCCGUUCUCCGUAGCUGCUUUGUCCCAGAGGGCUGUUCACAGGACAUUAAACGGUCUGCUGAUUCACAGGGGAAUGCUGCAGUCAACUGGGCAUGAGGAGCUGGGAGUUCCCCCUGUGCCACUGAAGGACGAAGAUGCCUGAGGUCCCCUUUGGAAUGGUGGCAGGACAGGUGGCUUCCCACACAGCUGCAGACAAGUCCCCAGCUAAUGCUCUUGUAUAACAGGAGAGCUGUUCUUGUCCUUGCAAGCCUGAAUUGUCCCCUUUGCUAAGCAGGGUUAAGCAGACUAUAUGUGAGCACUGUAAGAUAUUCCCCUUGGGGGAUUUGGCCGCUCUGGGAAGAGCACUUGGAUGCUUGCAGGCAGAAGAUCCCAAGUUCCCUCCCUGGCAUCUCCAAGAUAGGGCUGAGAGAGAUUCCUGCCUCCAACCUUGGAGAAGCCGCUGCCAGUCUGUGUAGAUAAUACUGAGCUAGAUGGACCAAUGGUCUGACUCGGUUUAUGGCAGCUUCCUAUGUUCCUUUGUAAGAGGCAGAAGUGAGCUGGGUACUCUUUUAAUUUCUGCCUGAGAUCCUAGUUAGUCUCAGACAGUUGAGGAGGCAAGGCUUAUGAGCCCUUUCCUUGUCUCCUCCCCAGCCACGUGGAAACCACGUCCCUCUUCCAAGAAGCCAUGGCAGCCUUCCCCAUGAAUACUUUCUUCUUGCUCCUAAUUUAUGUGAUAUAUGUAAGUGUGUUUAUAUAAUGUACAUAGCUAUCUAUUUUUUUUUUUUUCAUAACUGAAGUGUGAUUGUGUCAGGAAGCACUGGGCAUUUUCAAUACCGAUGAUUGUUGUUAAUAUUCAGCUGGGCUGAAAAUAAAACAAAAGGAAAUUAUUAUUUUGGAAUCGGAAAGUGUUUGCAGGAUGUUGUACCUGCUCGUUGGUGACUCCAGGAGAGCCCUACGUGAUGUACAGGCCUCCUGCUUUUUAAUAAUUAACCAAUAAAUCACGGUUUUGUUGGUUUUUAAA